ACUGCACUCGUCGUUCUCUCUCCGUUGCCGGACGCCGUGGUGUACAUUUCUUCUGGACGACGGAACGACGGGAACAAUUUCGAUCGUAGGGAAGCUUGAGGUUUUCGCUGGUGACACGAGCCGAGGAGAGGACGUUGAAGGAACCCUCUCUGACAGCCAUGGCCGGAACGGAGACUCCGAACGUAAAGUCAGAGGCAGCGAGUACACCAACAGAAAACAGCAAUGAAAAUCCGCGUGAGAGAAAUCCACCGGGCGGCGGUGGUGGCGGCGGCGGAGGUGGCGGUAAUCGUGGACCUCGCGGCCGCAAAGGCGGCACGCGUUUCUCAAGUCGUGGCGGUGGCGGAGGAAUGAGUGGCGGAAUGGGCGGCGGCGGCGGCGGUGGUGGCAGAAACGAGGCGAUGAAAAUGAGUGACUCCAUGGAUGGAGGGAUGGAUAACCCAUUACCUGAAAGUGGUAUGGGUGGUGGCAUGGGUAUGGGUAUGGGCAUGGGUCGUGGCGGUGGAAUGCGAGGAGGUGGAAGAGGUGGUCGCGGUGGUGGCGAUAGAAACAUGGCCAACAGAUCGCAAGAUGAUCGAUUAAUGGAACGAGUUAUGGCUAUUGGUGGACCCACUCAUGAAUUACCUCCACAAGACACAACGGAAAAGAAAUUUAGUGGAAGGAAUCGUUUAUAUAUUGGAAAUUUGACAAACGAUGUGACCGAAGAAGAAAUACAGACUAUGUUUCAAAAAUAUGGAGAAAUAUCUGAAUUAUUUGUAAAUAAAGAGAAGAGUUUUGCUUUUCUCCGAAUGGAUUAUAAAGCAAAUGCUGAUACAGCAAAACGUGAAUUAGAUGGUACAAUGCGCAAGGGUCGUGCACUAAAGGUACGCUUUGCUCCUCAUUCAUCGACGAUCAAAGUAAAAAAUCUCACUCCAUGGACAUCUAACGAACUUCUCGAAAGAGCUUUCGGAGUAUUCGGCGAAAUUGAGCGCGCGAUAGUUAAAGUUGACGAAAGAGGCAAAAGCACUGGUGAAGGAAUCGUCGAAUUUUGCCGAAAACCAUCCGCUCAGCUGGCUCUGAGGAAAUGUACAGAAGGUUGCUACUUUGUCACAGCUUCUCUUCGACCAGUAGUCGUGGAACUGUUUGAACAACAGGAUGAUGUGGAUGGUUAUCCUGACAAAAAUCUGCCACGCAAAAAUCCAGAAUUCUUCAAAGCACGUGAAAUUGGGCCGCGCUUUGCGCAAUUAGGAAGUUUCGAGCACGAGUACGGUACGCGAUGGAAGCAAUUACACGAACUGUACAAACAGAAGGAGGAGGCAUUAAAACGAGAAAUGGCGAUGGAAGAAGAAAAAUUAGAAGCUCAAAUGGAGUUCGCUAGAUAUGAACAUGAAACAGAACUUUUGAGAGAACAAUUGCGUAUGCGCGAGGCGGAUCGCGAAAGACAGAAAAGAGAGUGGGAAAUGAAAGAGCGACAAGCCGAAGAACAGAGGACUCGCGAGGAGGAAUUAAGACGUCGCCAACAGGAAGAAAUGGCGAUACGGAUAAGGAGACAAGAAGAAGAAUUACAUAGGCGUCAACAAGAGAACAAUUUGUUUAUGCAGGAGCAAGCAAUCCGUAGUGGAAGCGGAAAAAAUUACGAUUCUGUAAGCAACAAUGAUCGUGAUGGAUAUGGUCAACCUGAUGGUGGAAGCGGCAUACCUGUGGAUCCAAAAUCCUUCAUGGAUGCGUAUAAUAAUAUGGAUCGCGGUAGUCGAGGGGGAGGUUAUAACGAUGACCGCGGACAGAUAAUGGAUUUAAUGGACAUGAGGGUUGAUAUGGGCAAUAUGGGUGGUAGCCGCGGUGGUAGUGGUGGUAGUGGACGUUGGCAAGGAAACGACCGAAAUCGCCCAGACGAUUAUCCUAAUAAACGCCGACGAUAUUAAACAAUGCGCAAUAUGGAAUCUUGUUCCGUUGAUUUUUUGAAGCGAUACUACAAAUCGUACUAUGUCCUUCAUUCAUUUCUCUCAAUUUUAUAUCACUUGUCUAUCUUGAUAACCCAAAGAGCAAAUGGAGAAGGAGUAGUAUAGAAGAUGGAAUAUGAUUUAUAAGGACAUUGGACAUCCAGAAUAAAUAUUCCGAUUUGCGAAUUCGAGAUGCGUGAAAAAGUUUGGAUUUAGACGCCAUAGUGUUUUGAUACUUCGACAGAUUCUGUGUCCUCCAAAUAACAUUUCUUCUCGAUGUACUCCCGUUGGAUAUCAACGAUAUAUUCAAUUAUUAAGAGAAUUAAUGCCAUCAACUUACUAUACGUUUUAGAAAUCUGCUUUAAAUUGCUGUUUAUACGCUGAGAAAUCUAUGCAAAAUAUCAUUAAUUCAAAAAUAAUAUUUCACGUACAUUGUUUUAUUAGACACAAUUUAUUUCGCAAUUUCAUCUUCACACAUACACACACACACACACACACAACUCGUGUCAUGACUUCAAACACAUCAGAAACUUGAGUCUUAUACUUCAUAGUUAAUAUAUUUCAUAUUUAUGGUAUAUAAAUAUGAGGAACCCAUAAUCUAUAUAUUUAUAUAUCACAUUAUGAAAUAAGAUUCAAAGGGAUAAUUUAUUUGAAGAUGUUUGGAAAAUGUAAAUAAUAUUAGGAUAACAGAGUAUAAUUUUGUUUUUGUCUUGUGACAUGGCUUUUUUUUAAUACGCCAUUACAUUAUUAAAUUUUUCAUUCUAAAAAUUUGGACAAUAUCAUUUAUAACUAUUUCUCAUAAAAUUAGAUUAUAUUUUACUUAGCAGGCUACAAUUAUCUUCUUGAUAAAAUUAGAUCUUCUUUACCUUAUUAUUUUAUAUUUUAUCUAAAUUAUAAAAACAAUAUUAAUGUAUAAGAUGUCAUGACUGGAAUGAAAUGAUUCCAAGCAAGAUCUGCACUAAUACAUUUGCUUUAUUCUGAAGAUUAGUAUUAUGUCGUUGUCUAGGUGUGCUAAGCAUGGUGAACGCAUCAUGAUAUGCAAAUUUGUCAGUUCUUAAAUAUCCAUCAGUGAUUAUUUUAGUAUAAGAUAUAUAUACACAUAUAUACAUACAUACGUGCAGUAUACUAUCCGCAAAUACAAUAUUCAAUACUUUGUGAAAAAAAAAACUUGAUCUAUAGAGAGGAGUAAUUUUAAAAAUAAAGGUAUACAAUAUACAAAUUUA